CCUGUUAGAGACUGUCUCAGCCUUUCUAGUGAUCACUGGUACAAAGAUCUACCUCUUGCUCUAGCGGAUUGCCAUCACCUCGACACGGACAUUACAUGCCAAACACUCUCUUUCCGGCCGUCUUUCUUCAUGGUGCGACUCAACCAUCUUGUUCCUUAGGAUGAAGAUUGCGAAGAAGUUAAAUAUUUCAAUUGUUGUCACAGUGGUGCACUUCUGCAUUGCACAAGCUGACUUCGCUCCGUAUUUCUACGACAACGGACCCUACAUCCAGAAUGGAAACCUGGCUCUGUUCAGCCUCUCUGAGGACACAGCAGUCGGCACACAUAUCUAUUCUCUCAACGGGACAGACCCCGAGGGCCAGGAGGUGAGAUACGGCCUUGCCUUUGACCCCGGCUCCAAACAAUACUUCAGAGUGGACCCGGUUUCUGGGAACAUUACUUUGGUGGAGAAGCUGGAUCGAGAGAAACAAGACUCCAUCGAUGUUCUCGUCAGCAUCACUGAUGGAAGAAGCAAGGUGGUGGAACGAGUCACGGUGUUUGUGAUGGAUGCCAACGAUGAAAAACCAGAAUUCCAAAAUAUGCCGGCUAUUGUCAAUGUACUAGAAACUGCCCAGUCCGGAAGCAGCCUCUUCCAGGUCCAGGCACUGGACAGAGACACGGGCUCUGGGGGGUCCAUCAACUACUACCUCCAGGGGGCUCAGUCCAGCCUGUUCUCUAUAGACAGACAUAGUGGGGUCCUCCGCAUCCGAUCCGGGGAGACCCUGGACUACGAGAAAUCCAAAACACACUUUGUCACGGUGAUCGCCAAGGACGGCGGUGGGGACUUCAACGGCAGGGAGCAGUUCAUGUCGUCCUCCGCCUCGCUGACCAUCAACGUUGUGGACCAACAGGACACGCCCCCCUCCUUCAUCGGCACGCCCUACUUCGGGUUUGUCUACGAGGUCUCGUUGCCCGGCUCUGAGGUCUACAGGGUUUUGGCCAAAGACGGCGAUGCAGGGAACCCAAACCCUAUCGUUUACUCCAUGGACGACGGAGACGACGGUGUGUUUGGCAUCAACAAGACAAACGGCCGCAUCACGCUGCUCACUCAGCCCGGCAAUCUGAAGAGAGAGAUCUUUAACAUAAUUGUUCGGGCCUCAGAGGUGGGUGAGAAUGGCAAACUGCUGGAUUACGGGACGACCCCGGUGGUGAUCCGCGUGGUGGACCUGAACAACAACCCGCCCACCUUCUACGGGGAGCACGGCCCCCAGAACACCUUCCAGCUGACCAUGAACGAACACCCCCCCGAGGGAGAGAUCCUCAGGGGCCUGAGGAUCACCGUCAACGACUCGGAUCAGGGGGCUAAUGCUAAAUUCAACCUGCGGCUGAUUGGUCCGGGGAGAAUGCUGAGAGUCGUCCCACAGACGGUGCUCAACGAGGCCCAGGUGACCAUACUGGUGGACGACUCUUCCUCCAUGGACUAUGAGAAAUACCAGUUCCUCACCUACAAGCUUCUGGCAGUGGAGAUCGACACACCGGAGAGGUUCAGCGCCACAGCCGACAUCAUCAUCCACCUGCUGGACACCAACGACAACGCUCCCAAGUUCUCCUCCGACUACUACAUAGCCAGGAUCCCCGAGAACUCCCCCGGAGGCUCCAACGUCGUCUCAGUGACUGCUACAGAUCCAGACUCGGGUCGAUGGGGUGAAGUUAGAUACUCCAUUUAUGGCUCUGGAGCUGACCUGUUCCUGAUCCAGCCGGGAUCGGGCAUCAUCUACACCCAGCCGUGGGCCAGCCUGGACGCGGAGCUGCGCUCCAAGUACAACUUCUACGUGAAGGCGGAGGACACGGAGGGGAAGUACAGCCUGGCGGAGGUGUUCGUCACCGUGCUGGACCUCAACGACCACUCGCCCGCCUUCAACCAGAACCUGCUUGAGAAGACCAUGGUGAUCGGAGCUCCCGUGAUGAUACAGGCCGUGGACGAGGACGCGGAGGAGCCCAACAACGUCAUUGAGUACUCCAUCAUGAAGGCGGACCCCGACAACAUCUUCGACAUCAACACGUCCACGGGGGAGAUCGUCCUCAAGUCCUACGUCAAGUCCAUGGCCAUCGUCCAGAACAUCACCAAGCAGAAGGAGUGCAUCUGGUCCGUGGUGGUGCAGGCCCGCGACCAGGGCCAGCCCUCCUUCAGCACCACCGCCGUCCUGAAGAUCGACAUCACCGAAGCCGUCAAAUCCAGAUUUGUCUCAUAUGUCUUGGGCCUAAGAAAACGUCCGGGGGCUGUGUUUGGGAUUUGCUUGACCCUGGUCUCCAUCGCCAUUUCAGUGACUGUCUUCAUUUCAACCCUAAUAUACUGGAAGUCUGUUAAAAAGACACGAGUCCAUCCUCAGGGCAAGAUCAGAAAGAUUAUUAGGAGGCUUUGAGAUCAUCCAGCAACUCUUUUUUUCUUUUCUUCAAUAUCUUUUUUUGUUUUAUUGUAUUUGGAGUAGUUGAGUCUGUAAAAGAGUACAGGAGCACAUUAGAAAAUCGAGUUAUGAAUGUUUUUCAUUCUCAUUAGACAUUCAUCCAGUUAUGGAAUACAUGCCUGAAGACAGUUAGAUGAUAAAUCAUUGUCUGAAUAGAAUACGCAAAAAGUUAUUCCUCCUAGCAACACAAAAUCAUUGGAAAAACAUUUUAUUCUCCAAGGGCAACGGCUAUACUUGGCAUCCCAUUCACCCUUCUGAUCUUGUCUUGAUAAUGAUAAUGAUAGUUAUUCAAAAGCAAUAAGAAACUAAAGACAUUGC